AUUGAACGACACGUAUAUUUAUUAAAUAAAGUUUUAAAUAAUUUAUUUUCAAUUUUUUAAACACAAUUGCCCGCCAUUGGGUACGUAAUACCAGCACAUGUCGAUAGAGGGUACUUCCUAUCACAGUAACAAAAUAAUCCAUUCGUAAGUGUACCGUAAUAUUUAUUGUGAUGCUUUUUUAGUGAAACUGUAAAUCAUUGUAAGUGUUUAUAAUGUAUAAGUUGUGAAGUGUUUUUUAUUUGAACAAGUAUCUAAUGUUAUGUACAAUGAAGUUUGAUUUCUAGUUUAUGUGUUAAAUUAUUGUGAAUAUAGAGUAUCUGUAAUUGUAUUAUAAUGAAAUUUAUAUAUGUGUAACCAUAAUAUUUUGUUUACAUUAAGCUAACCUGCUUACUUCAGAAGAAAUAAAUUAUGGAUAUUCCAACUCCUUCGAAUAUAAAUCACGGGUUUUCACACGGUAAUGAUGGAUUUUUAAAUAUACCAAUUGAAUCAACAAGUUUGGAUCCGUUGUCUACAAAACGUAGAAGAAUCACCUUCUUUUCGGUUGUACCACCAGUUACCGAACACCUUGUGUAAUAUCCAGAAGUACUAGUAUGUAUAUUUUAUUACUAUUAAAAUUAUAGUUCUUCGCGCACAAUAAAACGCAGAAAAUUUGAUGAUGAGCUUGUUGAAACAACAUUCAAUUUACAACCACCUGCUACAAGUGCAAAAUCAGCCUCCAGAUCUAGGACCGUUUCAAUUUCCACUACUCCAAUGGAAUGUGUUCCACAACAAAAUGUACCAAGCCCCAUUCCAAUUUCUACAAAUGUAUCUCACGCGGAUAGAUGCAAUCGACGAACAAGUCGACCAGGGGGUUCAAAUGCUCCUGGCAGAAAAAACAAAAAGAAUAAAAAUCAUUCACAUUCAGUAAAUGCUACAAAAGAUCUGGGAAGAUGGAAACCUACAGAUGAUUUAGCAUUAAUCACCGGUGUACAGCAAACAAACGAUUUAAGAAUGGUUCAUAGAGGUACAAAAUUUUCAUGUCGGUUUACAUUACAAGAAAUACAGCAAAGAUGGUACGCUCUAUUAUAUGAUAGUGCAGUUUCAAGGGUGGCAGUGCAGGCUAUGCGUAAUUUACAUCCAGAAUUAAUUGCUAGCGUUCAAGCUAGAACUUUAUACAGUAAAGCAGAAGAAGAUCUUCUUGGUACUAUAAAAUCGACUUCUCAACCAACAUUAGAAAUCUUUCAAGAACUGCUUGAGUCAAAUGCACAUACGUUUUAUUCAGCUAGAACGGCUAAAGCUUUACUAGCUCACUGGCAAUUAAUGAAACAGUAUCAUCUUCUUCCUGAUCAAACAGCACAAAGUUUACCUCGCGGUGAACAUGUUCUGAAUUUUUCUGAUGCGGAAGAAAUGAUUAAUGAUACAGAAUUACUUGAACAGAAAGAUGAGUUAGUAGAUGCAGAACUCAUUGCAGCUGAUAGAAGAAACAAAAGAGAAAUAAGAGUAUUAGAAAAUGAAUUAAGCAGAUGGCAGGUUUUAGUUGACAGUGUAACAGGAGUAAAUCCUCCAGAUUUUGAUAACCAAACUUUAGCAAUACUUAGAGGAAGACUUGUUAGAUAUUUAAUGAGGUCUCGAGAGAUUACUGUAGGUCGUUCAACAAAAGACCAUAACGUAGAUGUAGAUCUGACAUUGGAAGGUCCAGCCUGGAAAGUUUCACGAAGACAAGGAACAAUUCGUUUAAGAAAUAAUGGAGAUUUCUUUCUUUCUUCAGAAGGAAAGCGACCAAUUUUUGUGGAUAGUAGGCCUAUUCUGGCCGGAAAUAAAAUGAAGCUUAAUAAUAACAGCGUAAUUGAGAUUGCAGGUCUCAGGUUUAUAUUUUUAAUAAAUCAAGAACUCAUUUCUGUCAUACGUCAGGAAGCCGUGAAACUGAAUCUGAAGCCGUGAAUAUCUUAUUUCAUACUUUAGUUAGUAUUCAUCAUUACUAUAAGUAAAUUACUAUCUCAUACGUAUUUAAUAUAAUAAAUAAAGACUUUGUAUAAAACAGUACAUAAUUAUUUAAUUAAGAAAACAAUAAAUUUGCUUAAUUUUGUACAUCCAAUCCUUUUAUUUUUAUAGUAAAUUUUUGUUCAUAUAAAUAAUUAAUUACUGAUUUGACUACAACUUCGGUAGAAAUUAGUUUUUAUAGAAAUAUUUAAUAUCUUUGUUUGUUAGUCAUUAUUCUUGUUGAAAGGGACGAAAGCAAUUCUCAGAUUUGAGGAUAAACAACAUAUUUGAUUUAAUACAUUAGUGACCAAAGUAAGAAAUACUGUUCAAGUUCAAAGUGGCAUAAGUUUAUUAAAAAAAGAUGUACAGCAAAUAGUCUAGACUCAUAUUAAAACGCUAAACCUCUAUUUUUGGAACUCAUAUGCAUCAUUUUCCAUAAUGUUUUUUUUCAUUCUGUAAUGGGUGUGAAAAUAAACAUAGUUUUUCGUUUAAUGUACAUUUAUUAUAUUUAUAUCUAUUAUAUCAUAUACAAAUUGCUCGAUUCAAUACUGUCAUUCAUAAUAGUCUAUAUGACUAUAAUUUCCAGCAUCAGGUAUUUAUUACGUAUAAUCGCGCAUAACGCAAGGGAAGCAUUACAUUCUAAGGUUUAUAAUAAGAUUGAACAAUACAGAAAAAUCUAGUAUUAUCUUGUAAAUUUCAGAACAUAUCUUCUGAAUAUCUUAUGUUAUAAACUUUCUAUAUAAAAAAUGUUAACUCAAAUGUGAUGAGAGGUUCUUAUUAUCUUAUCGAUUUGAAAUUUUGUGUUCAAACUAUCUUCCCGCCGUAUGCUACAGUUUUUGAGCUGACGACGCCAGGAAAGAUGGAAAAAUGAAAACUGUAUUUACUUAUAAGAAAGCGUGCGAAAUAAAGGAAUGAAAAAACAAAAUCAUUUUCAGUUAUUGCAGUCAUAUAUGAUCGUGUAUUUAUUCAACAAUC